GGGACCCACCCCUCGCUCAUCCUUUCUCGGACAUUUCCGUUUGUCAAAGCCCCCAAACUCCCACGCAAUCACUCUCACGUUGUGUCCGCCUUGUACCUCACCGUUUCUAUAAAGAAGUUCUUUUGCUGAGGAUUUAGAGAAAAAAGAGUUUGAUUUAUUUUAUCCAUUUAUAAAUAUUUAUUAUUUGUUUUUCAAUUCUUGGUUUUUGUGGGAAAUCGGAAUUUAUGGAGGUCGGCGGAGGCGCGUCGCAGAAGGGUCCGGUGACGUGCGGGGCGUGGAUCCGACGACCCGAGAAUUCAAACAUGGCGAUUCUUGGAAGGUCGGCGCGUGGGAAUUCCACGCGUUCCGUGAUCGAGAUCUUCUCCUUCGAUCCCAACACCAUUUCUCUAUCCUCCUCUCCUCUGGUUACACAUGUGUUGGAAGAAGUGGAAGGAGAUCCUGUUUCGAUAGCGGUGCAUCCGAGCGGGGACGACGUCGUUUGCUCUACAACCAAAGGUGGCUGCAAAUUGAUAGAGUUGUAUGGUCACAAAUCGAAUGCGAAGAUCUUGGCAAAAGAACUACCACCUCUCCAAGGUGUUGGCCCACAGAAUUGUCUAGCUUUUAGUGUUGAUGGUUCUAAGCUUGCCACUGGUGGUGAGGAUGGGCAUCUAAGAAUUUUGGAGUGGCCAAGCCUUCGAAUCAUUUUAGAUGAACCCAAGGCACACAAGUCGGUUCUGGAUAUGGAUUUUAGCCUGGACUCAGAGUUUUUAGUUUCAACAUCUACUGAUGGUUUCGCAAGAAUAUGGAAGACAGAAGAUGGCUUUCCCUUGACAACUUUGACCCGCAACUCAGAUGAAAAGAUUCAACUAUGUCGCUUUUCCAAGGAUGGGACAAAACCAUUUCUGUUUUGCACUGUUCAAAAAGGUGAUAAGGCAGUUACUGCAGUUUGGGAUAUAAGUACAUGGAAUAGAAUUGGACAUAAGAGGCUACUUAAAAAGCCUGCUUCCAUAAUGUCCAUCAGCAAGGAUGGGAAAUAUCUCGCUUUGGGGAGCAAAGAUGGAGAUGUAUGUGUAGUUGAUGUAAAGAAAAUGGGGAUUUGCCACUGGAGUAAAAGGUUACAUCUGGGUACAUGCAUUGAAACACUAGAGUUUUGUCCCAGUGAAAGGGUUGUUCUUACUACUUCUACUGAAUGGGGGGCUGUGGUGACCAAACUAAAUGUCCCUGCCGAUUGGAAAGAAUGGCAGAUCUACGCGCUGCUCUUGGGACUAUUUCUGGCUUCGGCUCUCGCAUUCUACAUAUUCAUGGAGAACUCGGACUCAUUUUGGAACUUCCCUCUUGGGAAGAAUCAACCGGGAGGACCAAAGUUAAGCACUUUAUUUGGUGAUUCCCACUCCCAGUCUUCUUCUGAUGAUCCAUUUGGUCCGGUAGAUAUGUGAAGAUCUCAAUGAUUCUGUUGUACUCUUAGGAAAUAGCUUGAGCAACAAAUGCCUUUUUCUUCUCCAAGUUGGUUUUAGUUCAGACAUGUCAUUUAUGAAAGAAAUCAUCCUAACACGGACGUUCUUUCUUUGCUCUUCUUUUGAGGAAAUCUUGCAAAGAAUGUAAGCUGCCUUUAUGUGUUUUUCCAUCUAUAUUUCUAGUCUUUUUACUUAACUAGGAAGCUUUUUUUUUAGAUCUUCUCCCGUACGUUCGACAUAUUGUUAGGUCAUGUAUAAGUUAAAAAGUACGCAACGGUUAAAAAAAUCUGACAUACUAAUACAUCAGCCGUAGAAAAUCUUUUUUUUUUUUCAUUUGAUUUAUAUGUCUUGCUACUAUUAUCUUUUUGGAAGCACAGUCAGUUGGAAUUAUCUCAGAAA